CCUUUAUUUUAUUAUAUUUUUUACUCCAGCCUCUGAACUGCGCACAUAGCAGACAGAGAGUGUAGUCCACGGAGUCGCCGAGUUCGUGACAUCAAGCGCUAGGAGCCGACCCCGCAACAGGAGCAGCGAGACAGACCAACUUCAGACGUCGCGACGAACAACAGCAUGGACUCAUUUCCAGGCCUUGAAUUUGAAAGCGACAUCCUGAGCGACAUCGAUUUCGGCCUCGGGUCCGGCGGCAUGGGGGGCAUGAACGGAUCUGGACUGGAUUCCCCUGGAACAUUGCCCUUCAACGUUGGCACUCCCCCGGGUGUCGCAAGCCUUGGCACCGGCGUGUUUCCCGGCCUGCACAACAGCGCCAACAACAAUGGCGGCCAGAGCAACAACUCGUCGGCCCAAACAAACUCCUCUGGGGGCAAUUCCGACCUGAAUAGGGACGACGGCGGGUUCCACGACGACGACGGGAUGUUCUUUGGCAGCGACAUUGGCAAGGACGACGACAAGGCAUCGGCCAAGCCGCCAUCGUCCCAUCAACAUCACGGCAAUAACGCGCCGCCGGCCACCAACUCCCUUGGCCGCGGCAACAACAGUAACCCAUCUUCACACAUGAACCACGACAAGCCAAACAACCAAGGCCCAGCGUCCAGUUCGUUGCACCAUAGUAACCACAUGGGCGGUCGAAAGGACUCGGUGAGCGACCAAAACGGCUCGCGGAUGCAACACAAUGGCGGCGGCCCGCCUUCAUCCAACCCGAGCAACCCAAACAACGCGCCAAAGGGACCUCCCAGUCGCCUCUCGGAGAGCAACACCGAGCUCCUCAGUUCGCUUUUGCUGCCCGAUAGCAGCGGCCCCCCAAUGAACAUGGGCAACCCGAAUUCGCGCCCCCAUAUCAACCAAGGCGGCGGUCCCCCUUCGCACGUCGGCAUGAGCAACCACUACGGCCAACCCGCACCACCGUCCUCCCUCAACUACGGCCAAGUGCCGCCCCAACAGCGAAACAACAUGAACAUGUAUGGCGGUGGCGGGUACAACCAACCGCCGCCACCCGCCCAACCUCGCGCCCCGUACCAGCAGCAGCAGCAGCAGCAGCCGCCCCAAACCCUGCAGCGCACAACCAGCAUGUCAGGCGGUCAGCUCAUGCGGCAGACGUCGGGUGUGAAUCCGUUCCCGACCAACUACGACGAAGAACUAGCCAAGCUCAAGAGCAUGUUGAGUGCCCAACCCGACUUGAUCCCCCCGCCGCAAGAGAUUCUGCGGGCCACGCAGCAACUGUGCAUGGCCAAUAUGCAACGCCUCCAGCAACAACACAGCGCCGCCCACCCCAACAGCUACAUGCAGCAGCACAUGCAAAAUAACCCCCUUCACAUGCAACCUGGCUCUAGCCAGCAAAUGCCACCGGGUUACAACGUGCCACCCCCGUCUGCCCGCAACAACAACCCACCAGGAGGGCACUUAAACAUGGAUCCGCAUGCCAGGCAGCCGCCCCCAGGCGGCCUCUCGAUGCCGUCUGUACCCCCUUCCGGAGGCCCUCCAUCAUCGCGCCAAGGACUGUCCCCAUCGUCCACCGCCAUCUCUUCCUCGUCCAACCCGCAACAGCAAGCCGCCGCCGCGUCCAACAACCAAAUGGUGUCCCAAGGCAACAAGACGGCCAACGUGUGGCAGUCGGAGAGCGACGUGCCGCUUCGACGGAAAAUGAUCGCCAAGAUCGUCAGUUUGCUGCAACAGCGUAAACCGGACGCGCCCACGGAAUGGAUCCGGCGGCUCCCCGACAUGGCGCGGCGCCUCGAAGAUUCACUGUACCGUACAGCGACCGGACGGGAAGUGUACGGCAAUUUCAACACACUCAAGACCCGCCUGCAGCACUUGGCCGUGACCAUGGGAGCCCGGGCCGCCAAAGGCAACGACCCCAACAGCCCGAACGAGUCGUCGGCAACGCCGAGCGGGGCGCCCGCCAUCAUGGGGUCGCAGCAGCAACAGAUUACCGGCCCACCGGGAAGCAGCAGCGGCCCCUCGCCCGGAGCGUCGGGCCGACCGGGGGGAGGUCCCACCACUGGAGGAGGAGGCUACAACCCCCCAGGAGGAAUGCCGCCGCAGUCGUCGCAACCUGGCGGCGGUAUGGGGCAGCCACCGAAUGGAGGCGGGGGUCGCAUGAGCCAGCAAAUGCAACUUCAAUUGCAAAUGCAACAACAGCGCCAGGCUAUGGCAAACAACGGCAGCCACCCCCAAGGAGGUGGUGGCGCCGCUCAAAACAAAGCCGGUACCCCCCCUCCCCCCGGGCAGCCAAAUCCGUCGCGGCAACCACCCAACCAUGCUAACCCAUCUCAAGCAAACAAUAAUCCGUCGCAACCAAGUACCCAAGCGUUUCGACAAAAUAACGCAUUACAACAACGAGGCAUGAUGUAUGGCGGCCCCCCUCCCCCGUCGCAAGGCCCCACUGCCCAACAGCAGCAGCAACAGCAGCAGCAACAGCAGCAACAGCAACAGCAGCAACAGCAGCAGCAGCAGCAGCAACGGGUGGCAUCUCCGUCCAACCCCAUGCAGCGCAAUAACAGCAGCAGUAGCAGCAACAUCGUCGGGCCCACAAGCAGCCAGCAACCGCCCGCAAACCAGAGGUCGACUUCGCUGUCGAGCUCCCGGCUGAGCGACGCGCUGGGCGACAUGGACUCUGCCGACUUUCUUGACCUGGGCAUGGGGGACGAUGGCACCGAUAUGGCCGACGAUCCUAUCGACGCCCUUAUGCGGGGCAGCACCGGGUCGUUGUCGGAUAACAAGAAGGCACCGACGCCAUCUGCUUCCCCCAAGCCAGACCCCGCCAAAGCCCCCAAACGCCCGUUGACACAGCAGGACAGCCACGCCACCAAGAGGGCCAAGGCCUCGGUAGCCAAGCGGACGCCGCGCAACAACAGCGCGAGUCCGCCCGUGGCCAAGACCCCCCCGCCGCCAUCGUCUUCUUCCACAUCGAACAAGCAACCCCUGCCGUCGGCCAAGACGCCGCCGCCGCCGCCGGCCCCCCCUGUGAAUAAGUAGACUGUGCUGUGUUUGAAUUAACAAGUGACGUUCUUCACGUUGGGG